ACUGAAUGAAAUUAUAUAUCUCUGGUGCUCAAGAACUAUUAGUAAACCUGUAAGAAAAACUAAGUUAACUAAAAACUAAGAAUCUCAGUAUGUAUAUAUAUAUAUAUUUACCUCCAUCUGCUUCAUUUCUGCAGCUAGGUGUAAAAUAGUGUUUCGAUGUGCGUCUACAGAAUUGACAGAGAUAGGAUCAGCACCUGCUGAUGACGAAUUAUUACCAACUUCUCAGAAGUAUCACGACAAUAAUCUGCUUCAUCCUGAACUCAUCACAGAUUCACAUUCCAUCUCUAUGUAUCACCCAUGUCUCCGUAUCCUGUCAAUCCACCACCAACCCAUCUUCUCUAUUUCACAGUAACAUCAUCACCUUCGUUUUCAUCUGAGCCACGAACCCAUUCUUAAUAUUCAUCAGCAGAAUCGAUUGAAAGCAGCAACAAUAUUUCGUUGAUUAAACCCUAACCUUCAUCUCUUUAUCUCCGAAAUCAGCAGCAUCACCUCUUCUCUUGUAUCUCGAUCUGCUUCAACUCUGGUUUCUUCAAAACUCAGAAAAUCCUUCUCAAUCACCAUCUUAAUCUCACUAUCAACAAACCCUUAUUCCAUUUCGGUCUUGAUUCAACAUCAAACACCCACUUUCUCUGUUCAUCACCGUCUUUAAUUUCUUCUCCCUGAGUUCCAUUUCUCGAUCUCAAAAUUCCACCUCUUGAUUUCAAAAAACUUCUCUCGGUUCAGAUCCCUUUCUCAGAUUCCUUCUUGAACUCCAAUUUCUCAAUUUGAUUACCAUAGCAAAACCCUAGCCAAAACCCAUUUUUUUUCUGAUUGAUUUCGAAUCCAAAAAUAAUUAUAUUAGGAAAGAAGAAUAAAAGAAGGAAUGAAAGAAAAACGAGGAAGAACAAGCGAGGAAAUAAUUUUAAAAAUUCUGGGUGUGUGAGAAAUUUUCACCGAAAAAAUGAACGUUGAUAGGUUUGAUAGUGGGAGAAAUCUAAAAAAUGGGUGUGACCGUAGGUUUCACUUAGAAAAAAAAAGAGUUGCAGUUGGAUUUGUUUAUUUUAUUUUGACUUUUUUAUAGAUUGUUUAUUUAGUUGUGUCUCUAAAAAGUCGUAAUUCAUGUAACACGAAGUCGUAAUUCAUGUAACACGACUUAAGCUGCGACUCUUUCUCGACACCAAAACUCCCUGAGUCGCUCGUUAAAAGUUGUAAUUCUUCUCGAAUCACUGUUUUAGCCGGCCGAGUGUCCUACAGCAAAAAUGGAAUCAUCUUCAUCCUGUUGGAAUACAUUUUUCAAAGAAUGCUUUCCGCGAGGAAAGAAACAGAUCAUGAACAAGAAGAGAAAAACACAAGGAACUGGAGAGGAACAGGAAAAUCCAGAAAAAAGGCUCAUAUGCAGGUCAACUGCUACUACUACUACUACUUCAAUUGCUGAACUUCCUCCGGAAGUGAUUUAUGAGAUCCUAACAAGAAUAUCAGUUGCUCCACUUCUUAGUCAUUGUCGAUUAGUUUGCAAAGAAUGGGAGAGGUUAACUUACGAUUCUGAAUUCAAACUCAUUCACUCCCAAAGGACUCCAACUAUUUCAGGUUACUUGAUUCAGAUAUCAAACCCAAGGGAAGAACACUUCAACUUUGUUUCGUUGGUAAACCAAUCCCCUGCACUUCCGUCUCCUACACUUGAUUUCUUACCAGGGCAUGUAGAAAUCCUAUCCUCAUCAUCCCCUCAUGGUUUGCUUUCUUGUAUCAGUUACAGCAAGCAAGCUGGCACUUCAUACUACAUUUGCAAGCCAUCCACAGGAGAAUACCGAAAGAUUCCAAGCCCUAAGACAAAUCAAUAUCGAACUCUGAAGACUGCCAUUAAUGUUAAAAAGUCUAGCAGCCCUAUGCAUUAUAACAUAAUUCGCUUCUCCACUUCUCCUGGUUAUCUUGUGUAUCACUGUGAGAUAUUCGACUCAGAAAGCUGGGAAUGGAUAAUGCUUGACAACAUAAUUGUUGGUAGCGAUGAUGAUCAAUUCAAACCUUCUUCUUUUCUUGGAUCAGCGACUGAUCCUGGGCUUCUCAUACAUGGAGCCAUUCACUCGCUAUCAUAUGACGGACACAUUACGGCACUAGACACCAAUAUUUACGGUGGAAGUUGGAGGACCAUUUCACAACCAAAUGAAAAACUGGAAGAUGCCGGUGGCUGGGGUGUUGAGAAGAAACUAGUAGAAUGUGAAGGAGAAGUAGGCUUGCUAUACCUUGAAUUGUUUGAAAAAUGGCUGGAGCUUUGGGUGUUACAAGACUACUCUUCAACAGAUGAAACAAAAUGGUGCAAGACAUACAGAGUAGACCUGGGACUCACUAACCUCGGACUUCUUGGAUCUGGUAAAAUACUACUCGACUUAUAUACCAAACACAUCAUUCUAAUGAAGACUGAGAAUGAUAUCAUUUGGUAUGAUUGCAAAACUGGAACUAAAACUGUGGCCCUUCAACUUCAACCUGGAUUUUCAGUUCUACAAGUUCACCAAAUUUGCUCUGAUUUACUUGAUUGCUUUCUUUGAUAUACUACAUACAAAAGUUUUUUUUUUUUUGGAAGCAUGUUCUCUUUGUUUAUACUUCAAAGUGGGUUUGUAAAUUUGUGAAUAAAACUACAAUACUACAAUAACUUGUGGGAUUGUAAUGCUAGCUAACUGAGGUUGAUUUUUCUUA